AGUAGUCUAGCUCGUGAUUCCCUAGCUAUCUGUGUUGCUGAUCGGAAGCGGCUUAUUCUCAGAGGGAAAAACUUCUUACAAGAGAACUACUACAAAGAUCGUACGCUUUUGGUUCGUUUAGAACGGCUGUGCUUUCAAAGAAAGACGAAUAUAAAGGGCUAUACAGCCACGCUGGAAACUAAACUGGCGAAAGUCCAAUCUCUCGGAAGUUUAAUGCUUUCGUCAAAUCCAUCACACUUUCUUCUACAAAACAGGACUUAUAUGACAUUUGAACACUUGCUAAUAAGGACUAGGACUUGAGUUUUAUAUUUUUGAAAGUGUUGAUGAUGUAUGCAGCAAGAACAUGUGCGAGAUUGUUGAGGGAGCGUUUGGCAAGAUAUGGCAAGCCCUCGCUUCACAAGAGAUGGCAACAAACUGCGGUUUUAGUCGCUCAGGAACCGUUUUUAAACGGUAGUAGUGGCAAUUAUGUGGAAGAAAUGUACUUAUCGUGGAAAGAGGAUCCUAAAAGUGUACAUCGGUCAUGGGAUGCUUACUUCCGUCAAGUUGAAAGUGGAAAACCCCCAGGACAAGCUUAUCAGCCACCGCCCAUCUUAGGACAAAGUCCUGGCAUGGUAGCAACACCACAAACUGUUCCAAGUGCUGUGGAUCAGUCAACAAUUAACGAACUAGUGUCAGAUCACUUGGCAGUUUACUCAUUGAUUCGUUGUUACCAGAUCCGAGGCCAUCAUGUAGCUCAGCUAGACCCUCUUGGCAUCUUACAGGCUGACUUAUCUGAAACUGUGCCAGCUGAUCUCUCCCUAGAGUACUGGGGACUGGGUGAGACUGAUCUAGACAAAGUUUUUCAGCUUCCUAAUACAACAUUUAUUGGUGGAGGCAAUGAUGUUCUGACUUUGAGAGAAAUAGUGAACAGGCUGAAUAAUGCCUAUUGUGGACAUAUUGGACUGGAUUACAUGUUCAUUCCAGAAAAAUAUAAAUGUGACUGGAUAAGGAAGAGAUUUGAGACCCCAGGGAUUGUACAACUAGAUGUGGAAGACAAAAGAACUUUGGUCAAGAGACUCGUUCGCUCAACUGGGUUUGAGGCUUUUCUCGCCAAGAAAUGGUCAUCAGAAAAGCGCUUUGGCAUUGAAGGCUGUGAAGUAUUGAUUCCAGCAAUGAAGACAAUCAUUGACAAGUCAAGUGAGUUUGGUGUGGAGAGUAUCAUCAUGGGAAUGCCACACAGGGGAAGACUUAAUGUCCUUGCUAACGUCUGCCGUAAAUCACUGGAACAGAUCUUUACUCAGUUUGAUCCAACCCUGGAAGCGUCUGAUGAAGUAUGUAUGCAGGGUUAUGGCACUUUCUUAUUUACUCCUAAUGCUUUUCUAUUUACUUGUAAUGCCUUUUUCCUUAAGGAUGUUUGCAUCCAAAAUAGUGUGGUGUUGACCAUAAUGGGGAAUCAAAGUUCUUGUGUACAUUUAGCUGUGGAUCCUGUUGUUGAAGGAAAAACCAGAUCAGAGCAAUUUUAUCGAGGAGACACACAAGGGAAAAAGGUGAUGAGUGUUCUUAUUCAUGGUGAUGCAGCAUUUUCUGGACAGGGUGUGGUCUAUGAGACUUUCCAUUUAAGUGCACUGCCACAGUAUACCACACAUGGCACCAUACAUAUUGUUGUUAACAACCAGAUUGGCUUCACCACUGAUCCAAGGGUUGCUCGCUCCUCACCUUAUUGCACCGAUGUUGCCAAGGUUGUAGAUGCUCCUAUUUUUCAUGUGAAUGCUGAUGACCCAGAGGCUGUGAUGCAUGUGUGUAAAGUUGCAGCAGAAUGGAGAGCUGAAUUUGGCAAAGAUGUUGUCAUUGAUUUGGUUUGCUACCGUCGCCACGGCCACAAUGAAGGUGACAAUCCAAUGUUCACACAACCAAUCAUGUACAAGAACAUCAACAAAAAGAAUCAUGUGUUGGAUUUGUACACAAAGAAACUUGUAGAUGAGGGUGUUGUCACAGAGGAAUGGCUUCAGGAAGAGAAAGCCAACUAUGAUAAGAUUUGUGAAGAAGCAUUUGCUGAUGCAAAGUCUGAGAAGCGUGUACUGCUCAACAGGGAUUGGCUGGAUUCACCAUGGAAAGGAUUCUUCAAAAAAGGCUAUUCUCCUACCCAGCCUGUGAAACCAACAGGAAUUGCUCUUGACACUUUGAAGCAUGUAGGAAAUGUGUUCAGUGCUGCUCCUGGUGGAGACUUCAAGGUUCAUGGAGGACUGCGCCGCAUCCUUAAAGCUCGCCAUGAUCUACUGGAAAAGGGUUAUGUGGACUGGGCAAUGGGUGAAGCCCUGGCGUUUGGCUCUCUUUUGAUAGAGGGUGUUCAUGUGAGGCUAAGUGGACAGGAUGUAGAGAGGGGGACUUUCAGCCAUCGUCAUCAUAUUCUGCAUGAUCAAGACAAAGAUAAAGUGACGUACUGUCCAUUAAAUGAUCUCAGCACUGACCAGGCCAUUUACACAGUCUGCAAUAGCUCUCUAUCAGAAUAUGCUGUGCUAGGUUUUGAGCUUGGUUUCAGCAUGACCAAUCCAUUUGCUCUUGUUUGCUGGGAAGCACAGUUUGGUGACUUUAACAAUACUGCCCAGUGUAUUAUUGAUCAGUUUAUCAGCAGUGGACAAGACAAAUGGGUGAGACAAAGUGCACUCACCAUGUUACUUCCUCAUGGAUACGAAGGAAUGGGACCUGAACAUUCCAGUGCCAGGCCAGAGAGGUUUCUACAAAUGAGCAAUGACAACCCUGAUGUUUUUCCAACAAACAAUGAACUCUUCGAGGUGAAUCAGCUUUAUUCCACCAACUGGCAGGUUGUUAACUGUAGCACUCCUGCAAACUAUUUCCAUGUGCUGCGGCGACAGAUUGCUCUGAACUUCCGCAAGCCUCUCAUCCUGAUGACACCAAAAAGUCUCCUCCGUCUAGAAGCUGCCAGAUCUCAUAUUGAUGAAAUGGCAGAAGGGACAUCAUUUAGACGUGUGAUCCCAGAGUCUGGUCCAGCAUCAAAAAAUCCAGAGAAAGUUCGCAAACUCCUUCUUUGUACUGGAAAAGUUUACUAUGAUUUGGCAAAGGAACGAAGCAAGAGAGGUCUUGAUGAAGACAUUGCCAUCUCUCGUGUUGAACAGAUAAGUCCAUUCCCAUUCGACUUGGUCAAGGCUGAAAAUCAGAAGUACGACAAUGCAGAGAUUGUAUGGGCUCAAGAGGAACCCAUGAAUAUGGGUUACUGGACUUAUGUUCAUCCACGCCUUGUCACUUCUGUUGGAAACAAUGUUAAGAUCAGUUAUGCUGGCCGUCCUCCUGCUGCAUCAACAGCAACUGGAAACAAACAUCAUCACAUUUCAGAACAGGAGGAUCUUAUCAACAAAGCCCUAGUAUAAAUUGUCUACCUCAUUUUGAAAGACAGCUUUUAGUACUGAACCUAUUUACUAUGGAUUUGAGAAACUGCAAGUUGCAGUUCAAAACAAGAAUUAUUGUAUCUUAUAUUUCCCAUAUAGGACAAUUUUUUUUUUCAGUAUGUUUUGUUUUAUCUGCUUCUGCAAGCUGUAUGAGGGAGUGUAAAAUAGAAGUAUGAUUUUUAAUUAAACAUUUAUAAUAAAUUUUACGAGCCCAGCAUAGGAAUAUAUCUUAUGACUUCGCAAAACCACGGGUUUGCCAACUGCUGAAUGAUGCAAUCUGGAUAAGUGAAAUAUGAAAUCAAUUCAAUCCAAGAAGUAAGUCUGUAUAACAGGCAAGGAGCAAUAUCAGAAUUAAUCUGCAAAUUAGGGAAAUAGUGUUUUUAUUUUGGAGUGAAAUCUGUAAAAACUCACUGAUCUAAUAAACAAAUUACUGUUUGGUAAUUA